AAUUGCCCUGACAUAAAUGGCAUGAAUGAACGUCUGCAGCACGAAUGCACUUGAUAUCAAUGAGGCAUUGUAACUCAUCAAUAUGAAACUUCCAGUGAGUGUACUGCGGCUUCCUAGAGGUCCGGAUCCGAAUAGCCGCGGGUUCGACCCAAACUCCCCCAGAUUUAUCGCGCUUUGUCCUACUUCAAUCUCCUCUUCGUCUUCAUCAUCGGGGUCCGGAAUUGAAGAGGAGCAGCGGCUACGAUCGCAGCUGCGGGAGAGAUUUCUGCGGACACUCUUAGUGAUGACCGAUAAAGAAGUUCAGUUCAGCAUGUACGAGAAAGUGCAGGUCCAGGCGAAGUUCGUGGCCUCCGAUAUAGACGUCCUGAAUGUUCUGGUAUCUGGUUUGGAGACUCCGCUUGGCGUGCAGAAAGAAGCCCUUUUGAGGUGCCAGGAUGUGAUUUCAUGCUCAUUUGAACUGUGAACUUGCCCUUGUGCGCUGGGUUGAUUUUGGGAUGCAAUUAUUUUCUUAACCACAAGAGAGCGGCAGAAGUGUUCUGGUUGUUUAAUGAUUUCAAAGAUCUGGGGUUCAUUGUUUUCAUGCUGUAGUUUGUAAUAAAUGUUUGCAAUGAUAGCAGCAUUACGUUCUUUUUACAUAGUUUUAAGCAAUAUUAAGGUAUGAGAGACCAUAUUGUCUGUGAAUAAUUACUGUACAUGUGAAAAACUAUAACAUGUUUAAGGACAUAUUGGGGCUUUUCACACUUGAAAUUGUUUACCCAAAGUCAUUCUUAACCCUGGGUAAAUAAAUCAUUGGUAAAUUUUUUUCAUGUUUCACACAGUUUAUAGAUGGCCAUGGGUUAGGAAUUAAUCCUGGGUAUUCAUGUUUCGAAGUUUGACACUCUACAUUUGUUAACCCUGGGUAAUUUAUUGAGUCGGUAACAAUGAUUGAAAGAAUACAGGUCACAACGGGAACGUGAAGUAUAUAAAUAACUGCGUAUCUGUGUAAAUGUCACCAAGCAAAUCCGCCCUGUUUGUCUUUUGUCUUUUGAAAUGUACUAUGAAAACACACACAAAUGUAAUACCGUCUCUUCACCACACCAGUUAUUGUGUUUGCUGUCACUGUUCGCCAUUUUUCUGGUUUCCUUCAGGCGGAGAAUGUAAACAGCUUGUGAAAGUCGCCUAAUUUUCCAGCCGUCUUGGUUCCGGUGUUCUGUUGAAGUCUGUUCCCCCUACGUUUACCCUUAGGCUAGUGUUCCCCGUAGCGCCAUUAAACAUAGGUGGAACAGACUUCAAACCUAAUGGGAAACAUAGGGGAACAGACUUCGACAAUAACUUGGCAUACUUUGACACUGACCUUAGGCAAAACAUAGGGGGAACAGACUUCGACAAUAACUUGGCAUACUUUGACACUGACCUAAGGCGAAACAUAGGUGGAACAGACUGAAAACGAUGGAGAAUAUAAAACUAUUUAUUUUAGGUUGUUGUUUGGAAGCAUAGAAACAGUAUAUUUUAAAUUUACUGCAAAAUAUUCCAUCCAUCCAUCCAUCCAUCCAUCGUCAACCGCUUAUCCUGUGCAAAAUAUUCCAAUUUAUACAAAUAUAUAUGUUGUUUGAGGGUGUAGUGAGACCGACUCGAUUGCGUCACAGUGCAUCAUUGGAGUUGGCUGUCGCUGCUGCACUUGGUGGGCUGGCUUUGUUGGCCGCUGUCUUCUGAUUGGUGGAUUUGUCUCUGCUGAACUAUGGGUAGGCUAGUUGUGCACCAGGAAUUCUGCUAAUAAACAUGAUUUGUAUACAAUCUAGUUGAAAAAAACGCUGACUGAUGGCUUCCUCAAAGGCAUAUACCAUGGAUGGACAACCUCAGAGCUCACCGUAUAAACCUGUUUUUGAAGGUUUAUAAGUUAUCGAAGUUAAUUAGUCUAUGGAUAAAUGUAUGGGAUUUUUACUUCCACAACCAGGCUGUUGUACUCUACUGUACAAAGCAUGUGAAUAUUAAAGGAGGUAUACGAUUGGUUGUCUGUUGCUUGACAAUUUUCUGGAGCGUGUAUUCAUAACAAGUGGUAUUAACCACUGUGAAACAUUGCUUUACCCGGGGUUAAAAAACGUUACAAGACAGUAAUUCAGCGUUAAGCGCAGUAAAAAAAAGCCCCAUUGUCUCAUUUAAAAUUGUUAAUAAGCAAAGUCUAAAAAUGCUUAAAAUACUCUAUUACUCAUUCACAUCCCUAGUACCUACAAUGGUUAUUUUAGGUAGAUGAGGUCAUAAGGCGAAGAAGAAAAAACUAAUUGGUCAUUUAUGUGUUCAGAAGCUCCUGCAGACACCGUUUUUAUUAUUUUCAACCAACCACAGAAUCACAAAUGGGUUGCGUUUUACAAGUAUUGGCCAAUCCGCAUCCAGGACCAGAACACAUGUUUUUUCAUUCCUUAUCUUGCAGAGUUUGUGUGUCCACCAGCAAAAAACAGACAUAAACAGAUGAUCUGCAAAUUGUAUGAUGCAUUCAUUUAAAACACUCUUUGUAAGGUUGCAAAAACUACUGUAUCAUGAAGGGCACAGUGUGAUUUCAGCAUCUCCCUCCAAAAAAACAAAAUUCCAUUACUCAUAUAUUUGUGUCCAAAAAAAACUGUUUCUUUAGGGUACAGGACUUUGUCUGUCAUUACUCUUCUAAUGGAAGGGGGUGGGGCAUCAAUGACAUUCAAUCUUCUUAAAAGGUAUGAGGUUGUUUACCAAAGCCAGUUUUAUUAGAAUAUCAUUAGACAUUGUUCAAUGACUGUCCCUUUGUUGUACAAGUUACCCUGGCAGUGCAUCUGCGGGUGAUGACUCAUCCCUGGUGCCUCUGAAAUAAGAAAGAGAAAGAUCCUGUUUUGUCAUCAGAGCUCCCAAUGAUUUAAUCAGGAAGCUUACAAGGGCAUGCAAUGUUAAUUUCAUAUUUCAAGUCAUGGAACCGUACCUGCUCAAGUCAUUCUACUCACCUAGUAGCUGUAAUCAUGUUUUGAGAUUCAGGUCUGUGACGUCUUGCGUAAGAUGUUCAUUGCUCACAUUUAAUCAACCUUCUCCGCAUCAGUUAGUUUAAACGUUUCAUUGAUUCCAAAAAGGUACAAGUGAAAGACUGAUGCAAUGAAAUAAAAUUAAUCACAUUUAUUUUAAUGUUCCUUGGCCUCUUUUGCAGUUAUGAAAUUACUUUAUGUAAUGCAUAGUGAUUGUAGUCCAUUAAGCAUGUGAAGCAU